CAAUUAUUGGCAUUAUCUUACUAUUCUCUCAAGGCCAAAUAAAUGGGAAAGCAAGAAUUUGUGAUCGAGGUUCGCAUGGCCUGUGAGAAGUGCCGGUCAAAUGCUCUAAAGGCCGCUGUCUCGGGACAAGGAGUUGGUUCAGUAAAAAUAAUUGAAGAAGGGAACAAGUUGCAAGUGAUUGGUGAGAAUAUGGACGCGGUCGACUUGACUCAGCGGCUUAAGAAGCGGCUUGGCCAUGCAAAGCUGCUAAGUGUGAGACAAAUGAGAGAUGAUGAUGAUGAUGAGGCGCAAAUGAGCUCAGAUCGGCUUGAAACGGUUUGGCCUAUUGAAUAUGGAGUGGCUCGGCCUAUAGUUUAUGAGUAUUAUAAUCCAAAUCACAAUGGGUGCUCCAUUUUUAUCAUAAGCCAGUGCGAAAUUUUUAAAAACCUGCAGAGACCCAAAAGUAUCCAAUCUGCAAGCCUUCAACCAUCAUCUCUACAAUUCUUUGAGGCAUCCAUGAAGCAAAAGAUGGUGUUCAAGGUACAAAUGAACGACGGGCAAAAGAGCAUGUCCAAGGCCUUGGGUGCAGUAGCCGGUACCCCAGGCGUCAUUCAAUUAGGACUAGAGGGAGAGGACAAGAGCCAAGUGAUGGUAAUAGGAGAUGGAGUUGAUGCAGCAAAGCUAACUAUGAUACUGAGGAAGAAGGUGGGCCAUACUGAGCUCGUAAGUGUCGAAGAAAAUAAAGAUGUAAAGAAGGAUCCAAAACCAAGUGUGGAACCCACUGUUUGUAAUUAUCCUUGUUCUUAUGCCCCACCCCAACCUUUAUGUUUUGAGGUUCGCCCCUCAUAUAAUGAUCAAUGCUCUAUACUGUAGAGCAUGAAAAUAAAAUAGAAGAAAAUAGAAAUGAGGAAAUGGGGUUUGGUAGUUUUGCUAUUUGCUGGGAAAGCUUCAAUGUAAAGAAUAGGGAUGAUUGUGCUCGACAGAAAUUUCUGUAUCUCAUGAGCUUGUGGUAUGGUGAGAAUUAUAUAGUUUUUAAUGGAAUAAGAGGUUUUUGCA